AUGUGUCCGUCAGGUAUCUGGCACCCAGUCGGAACCACAGUUGCUGGUUCAGCUAGUGGCGUUUCCGGUGCGACGGCAUCAACAUUGAACGGGCCAUUUGACGUCGUCGUAGAUUCUGCGUUCAAUGUUUACGUGUCGGAUUUCUGGAAUGAUCGUGUGAUGAAAUGGCCCCAGGGCAGUGUGAAUGGGACAACGAUUGGUCCCCAGUCUGGCUAUGGUACGGGCACAGACACAAACCAUUUAGAUACGGCCACAGCACUGUGUUUCGAUUCGACAGAAUCGAAUUUGUACAUAUCGGAUACAUACAACUGCCGUAUCCUCAAAUGGAAUGUGGCUACAAACAAUAUUACUAUUGUUGUCGGUGGGACAGGAUGUGGUACUGCUCUGAACAAGUUCGAGUGGUCUGAUGGACUCUAUGUCGAUCGAUUUGAUUAUCUUUAUCUGUCGGAUUAUGUAAACGAUCGUGUACUGAAAUUUCCACCCAACUCAAAUUCGUCUACAAUGGGUACCGUAGUUGCUGGAACCGGUACGGCGGGUUCGGCGUCCGAUCAACUCAACACACCAUGGGGCAUCUAUGUCGAUGAAUCUGAUAACGAUGCAUUAUAUGUCGUGGAUUACGCGAAUCAUCGUGUUCAGAAAUGGCUUCCAAAUGCCACAAACGGGACAACCGUUGCAGGAGGUAAUGGUGCCGGCUCGCUGUACAGUCAAUUGUAUUAUCCAAAGCACAUUUUUGUUGACUCAUUCGGAACGAUCUACAUUAGUGAUUAUAGCAAUAAUAGAAUAUGGAGUGUCAUCGACGCAACUGAACGGCCCAACUGGAAUCCGAUUCGACACCAGUGGGAACCUGUACGUCGCCGAUUACUCGAACCAACGGGUUCAACGAUUUAA